AUGGAGACGGACCAGCGCCACGGCCACACCUGGAAAGCUGGAAAAUCAGGAAAGCCGGUGGUAUUCUUCGUGAGAUGUCCCCGGACUGCGGGCGGGGCGAGCGGAGGCCAGGGCGGGGCCACAGGGCGCCCCCACCGACCUCUCCCUCCGCCGGCCCCGCCCCGUGGGCCCUCCCGCAGCGGCAGCCGCAGCCGCCGCCGCCGCCGCCGCCCCCCGCUGCCCGCGCGCCGCACUCCGGGACGGUUCCUGCGCCGCGCCGGGCGCACCAUGGCUCCCCGGGCCGCCGUCGCGCUGCUGCUGGUCGGCCUGCUCGGCACCCUAGUGCCCGCCCGGGGCCAAGACUUCGACUUGGCGGACGCCCUCGAUGACAGGGAGAAGGCCACGCCACCACCCAAGAGACCCAGCGCUGAUGAUGACGGGUUCAGUCUGGAAGAUGCCCUCGGCGGGGAAGGACACAAUGACCCAGUACCACCGAAUCCACCCAAACCUAAGCCUUACCCAAACCCCAACCAGCCGGGAUCUUCUGGUGGCUUUUCAGAUUCCGAUCUCAUUGAUGGAGCUUCAAAUGGAGGAGGCGGUGGUGGAGGCGGCGCUGGCGGAGGAAGCCAAAAUCAUGACGGCGGAAGCCAAAAUCAUGACGGCGGGGAGCAGGCCGACUCCCCGGGGGUAAUCCCUGGCAUCAUUGGGGCCGUCGUAAUGGCCGUGGUCGGAGCGGUCUCUAGCUUUAUCGCCUACCAGAAGAAAAAGUUGUGCUUCAAAGAAAACACCGACCAGGGUGAGGCCGGCACCAAGAACCAGCAGAGCACCAACGCCGACCAGCCCGUCCAGUGGAGUCUUCUGGAAAAAUAGAAGCUUGGCCUCGACGUACGUCCGCGACGCAAUUCCCAGCAGAAGGACAAGACUAGCCGGCUGUGUCUUCCCGAAAAACACGUGCACGGGCGGCGGCCAUGGCGGGCUCCAGCCCCGUCCUGCCCACGCCUGUCCUUACAUUGAGACGCUUUGUUUUGACCUUGAGAUGCGUCGCGCCCGUUUGCACCACGCCGGGUAGACGAGGGGGCUUCUAACGCUGCGUGUCACCUUCAGAGGGGACCAGUGCUCCCCUCUCCGGGGCCGUUAGGGCUUUCCCCGUGGGGUGGGAGACACCGAUUGUCCGUGGCAGAGUCUUUCCAAUACCGACCCCGCACACGUUCUCCCUCCCGGAACGCUGGGCCGUUUACCACACCCCGUGCUGACUAAACAGAACCGUCCCUGGCAUUGACCCUCGGAUACAGUGAGAUAAACCUUCCACUGGUGUCCUCAAGGUUUCCUUCAUUGGGUAGGAUUUUUUGUUUUGUUUUGUUUUGUUCUUGUUUUCCACACCAGACUAAUAAAAAAGAAACAGGAAACCAA